GACGAGCGAGGGCUGGAGAACAGCUCAGGUCUGCAGAGAGAACACACACACACGCACACACACUCACUCACACACACACACGUACUUGAAGAACACACACACUCAGCACUUUCCGCCAUCCUAAAACACACUUUGGAUGGAAUUGGAUUUUGGUUCAGCCUGAGUGGAAUUUAAAGCGGCUCCCCGACGCGUUUCCCCCGCCGUCGCUGCCCCGGGACAAGGAGACAGGAAACAGGAAGCAGCGGACACAGGAAGUACCAUCCAGAGUCCUCAACCCCCCCCCCCCUCCUGCAUGUGAGGACUAUCUGAACAUUUUGUGGGAGUCAUUUUACCGCCUUCUGUUUUUUCUGACUGACUGACCGACCCGACAGCGACCGGCCGAGGCCUCGUUAGCUCGCCGACUAGCUCACCUGUUCACCUGGAGGCGAACCAACAGGAUGAAGGAGGAAACAGGAGCAGGAAAUAGAGAACAUUAGCCUUCCACAGCUAACAAGGCGCCCAUUUAAACAAACAGGGAGUUUCUGCUAAUUGGGUUUACCUGGCUAACUCAGCGAGCUAGCUAACACCUGAAGGGUUAGGGUUAGGGUGGAAACAGGCGACCAAAAGCCCAGUUUGCCAGUUUUAUCGUGUCACAUUUACAGUGUUGAAGAGGUAAAAAGUCGAGUCCAGGAUUCCUCCUAACUGAGUUCAUCUGUUAGCACGCCGGCUAAUCUACAGCCUGAAGCUAAAGGCUCCCACAGGGAUUAGAUCCUGGAGCUUAAGACGGCACCGAGGUGAACGCUGCCGGUGCAGCGAAGAGAGAAUUAGCAUUUAAUUCCCCAGUAAACGCUCCGAGUUUGCAAACAAACACUGGUUUUUCUCAUUCUGAGGGUUUUCUCAUUAUCGCGACGGAGCGCCGUGCGUCGGUUCGAGUCCCGAGCGGUUAGCCUCGUGUUAGCGCUAGCAUCUGUGUGCAGAGUGCACGUCACAAGAGUCAGAGCUGUUAGGAAAUACGAUGUGAUGACACCACACACACUCCUGCAGAGCUCACACACACACACACACACACACUCUCUGAUCAGUGUGUGGCCGGUGGAGUCCGUCAGCUGUCGAAAGAUUGAGUUUUUGGCUUUAAUUUUUCACCACAGAAGCCAAAUUUGAUCAAUUGAACCCCCAAACCUGACUUCAACUUUUUUUUUUUUAAUCUUUUCCAUGUGUGAGACUGAGAACGAGUGUUUUAUGAACUGUUUUUCAUACGACCCUCAGCCGAACCGACUGAUUUACUCGCCGCUUGUCGAGCAGCUGCUUCGUAACGGCUCCAUUUAAAUCCAAUUUACCGGCUAAUUUUCUGAUUUCCAUUUGACUUCAGACGAUUAGAGGCAGUUUGUCAGGUGUGCUGCUGGUCAUCAGCUGGGAGAAUUCACCUUCCGGGGUGCUAAAAUGUUAAUUAAUUAAUUUUGGGGGUUUUAAUUUUGAACCCUUAAAACCGACUUCAAGCCUGAAGCCAUCAGUGCACAUUGUAUUUUUUUUUUUUUUUACUGAGGAAGAAACCUGCAAAAUGAAGGACUGUCUAACUAGUUGCAGAUGCUUUGUAGUGACUCAGUUUAAAUCCAAUUUACUAACUUUCUGAUUUCCAUUUGACCUCAGAGGAUUAGAGACAGUUUGAGACAGUUUGUUGGGUGUGCUGCUGGUCAUCAGCUGUGAGAAUUCACCUUCUGAGGCGCUCAAACGUUAAUUUAUUGAGUUUUAUAGUUUUAAUUUUGAACCCUGUGAACCCUGUGAAGCCAUCACUGCACAUUAUUUUUUUUUACUGAGGAAGAAACCUCAGCAAAAUGAAGGAAGGACUGUCUAAGCUGCUGAUUGGCUCACUCGUUGCAGAUGCUUUGCGGUGACUCGGUUCAAAUCCAGUUUACUGACUAACUCUCUGAUUUGUGUUGAAGCCGGUGAUGGUUUGAGAGAGUGAAGUGCUGCUGCGGCGCUCUGCUCAGGUUUGAGUCCACCUACCUCUCAGCGGUGUUGGAGCGGAGCCAUUUUAAAAAAGCGGUGUGAUCUACAUCGCUGUGUAUCUGGGCCACUGCAGCAUCCAGCCGCUCUGCUUUACAUUCCGGUGAAUUAGCCGGUGCAGGACGGUUUGUCAGGACGAAGCUGCGUGUGAACGUUUGAGUCGUCCGUGUCGCUGCGGCUGGCGGCUCGCACCGAGACGCCGACGAGGAGAGGCAGCUCUGCUGCUGAGGCCGCUCAUUAUACGCUCCGUUUGCCCAUUUUAUUUCAAUUUCACUUUAGUUUUGGUGAGGCUUCAGGGUGCGUGUGUGUGUGUGUGUGUGUGUGCACUCAGUAUUUUUAGCAGAGGCGGUUAUCAUGCCAGAGGUGCAGAACAGGCCUUGUGUAUGUUCACAGAAGCUAUGUUUUUUAAUAAAUAUGAUAAAUAAAAAAUGUUUUCUCACAUUUAUUUACAUUAAACCUCCAAUACACACUGUCCCGAUGUAAAGUUGGGACAAUUUUAAACCAGAACCACCUUUUUUUUUUUUUUCUUGCAUAUGGACAAAAAUAUGAACUCUAAAAAGAUUCCCAUCUGGUUUGACAAGCAUACAAAAUAAUUUCAGCUCAGGUUCAUUUGUUUCUAAGUCUCAAUCUUACUUUUUCAUUUCAGUUUAUUUUUUUAUUAUUAUUUUAACACCCAGUUUUAGCUGCAGGUAACCAUCAUAACCUUGUCAGACCCUGUGGCAGGCAGCCAGGAGUCUCCUCUGCAUCUUAUGAAUAUUAUUUGGCCGGUGAGAUAGAAAAAAAACAGAUUGUGUUAUUUAUUUAUUUAUUUAUUUCCUCCUGAACCUGCUGGAUGCAAAAAAAAAAAAAAAAAAAAAAAAAGUUGGUUUCCGUCCUGCUUGCAGCUCUGUAGCGUUCAGCCUCCAGUUGUGAAUCAGCUCCUCACUUCCUAGAGCGGAUGCUGUUGCCAGGCAACGCAUUUGCAAGAAAGCGACGCUGUAGACCGGCGGAAAAGACCGAGGCGGCGUGAGUCUCCCCGCCGAGCAAACUCUUAUUCAAAUGAAUUUCUCCUCAGAGGACAAAAACCAGGGUUUGCAGCCUCUCGUUGGCGGUGGACACCCGUGGAGUUUGACUCAGCAUCAGGUUGGAAAACGUGAAAAAAUCAGUUCAUCCAGGCGCUCGGAGCAGCCGUCCACCUCUGAAAAAGAAAAGUCUGUUUACUUAUUUCUGGCCUCGAGACAUAUGUGACUGUAUGACUGACCUGCCUGUCUCACUGACUGUCUGUCCGCCUGUCUGUCUGUCUGACUGACUGUCGUCUAACGUCUUGUCUCGCUGACGUGCUAAUCGUCCGUUUAGCCAACCUCCUCUGUGACUGACACUUUAAUUUUCUGUUUGAUUCAUAUUUUAAGCCAAUAAAAAUGUCACUGUCUCGCUGACUGACGUGUUAAUUGGCCGUCUGACUGCCUGGCUGCCUGUCUGUCUGACUGACUGCUGGCUGUCUGACUGACUGACUCUGCAGCUUCCCGACAGUUUGACACUUGCAGAGUCUCUGCGUCAGGCAGGUAGAAGUGACAGCGCCCGCCAAUUAAAUGAACUGACUCUGACUUUUUGACUGUCUCACUGACUUACCAGCUGUCUGUCUGACGGCCUGAUUUCCUCACUGACUUACUGCCUGCCUGUCUGUCUGUCUGACUGAGCAGCUCGCUGAACUUCCUCACUGAUUCAUGACUCAGGUCAGUAAAAACGACAGUCACCGCGUUACUGGCCGCCUGUCUUGCUGACUGUUGUGUUUACCGCCCUGACUGACUGACAUUUUGACUUUGUCAUCGUCUGAUUCAUCUUUUAAGAAAGUAAAAAUAUCACCGUCUCGCUGACUAACAUCUUGACUGACUGACUGUCUGUCUGUCUGUCUUACGGCCUGACAGUCAGGAUGUUAAAGAAACUAUGACAGUGGCUUUGAGUGACUGUUUGACUGCCUGUCUGACUGACUUACUGACUGACUGACUGACUGGCAGACAGACAGUUGUAGCCCGAGGCCCACGCGGCCGCGAGACAACCAGACCCCCCCCCCCAUCGCAUUUUGGAAAAUACGAGCCUUUGGAGGCGCCGGCGGCCGAGCUGUUUUUCAUUCCCACAUCAAGGCCGCCGAGCGCAGAGACAAAACGCCGCGGCGCGUCCCCCUCCAGGGAAACCAUGGAAACGGCUCGGUUUUGAAGUGCCGAGCCCACACCAGCCCUCACUCUUUUUAUCGUCAGCGACCGUGCAGCCGCUCGGAAACACUUGACAACUGCAUUUUCACAGCACCAUAUAUCAGGGCUUUGUUUUUUUUUGUUUUUUUUUUUUUUGGAGGGGAGGGACAACACCUGCAGGAUCCGGUGCGUAAAGGUGACAAGCAAGGACUUCUUCUUCUUUUAAAGGCGUACCAUCAUUUGUUUAAUUUUUGUCUCCACAUUUUUCUUUUUUGUGCGACUUUUUCUCCAAAUGGUGCGCUUUGCAUUUUGGAAUAAAACCGCACAUCUGUACUUUUCUGCGUUCAUGCAUUUUGGAAAACUUUAGAACGACAGGGGCUUUUCGUGGUUUUAUUAGAACUGAGUGACGGGAGCAUGAACUCCACCUGGUCCGAGGCCCGGGCCCGAUCACACAGGCGGUGAUGUCAUCAGGCGGCGUCCCUCCGAGCAGCAUCCAGGAGGCAGCGGUGGGCAGGUGAACAGCAUUGUGGGUCAGUGGGAUGUUCAGCAUCCCGGGCGUCGCUGACCUUUGCCACCUGUUGUGCCCGCGCUCCACCGGGUCGUGGUCACCGCUCCACAGUGUGGAAGGAGACCCUCAGUGUCCAGAAGCUCUCAGUUUCUCGGAUACCUCCUUUGGUCACCCGCCUUCCUUCCAUCGCUAUAGCAACAGCCCCAUCUCCGGCCCCUGUGGCCCCUACAGCACCGCCUCCACCUCCGGGCCCCUGGGACCCUACCACACACACUCACACCCACAGCUUCCUUUGUGCGGCUCCCCGCUGCCCCCCCCCAGCCUGGCCAGCCUGGCCUGGGCUCAGCGCAGCCGCCACCAGCCGGCCAGCCUGGCGCUCCGUAAGCAGGAGGAGGAGGAGAGCAAACGCUGCAAGGCUCUAUCCGACAGCUAUGAGCUCUCUACAGACCUCCAGGACAAGAAGGUGGAGAUGCUGGAAAGGAAGUACGGCGGCUACUUCCUGUCCCGCCGGGCGGCGAGGACGAUCCAGACGGCGUUCCGGCAGUAUCGCAUGAACAAGAACUUCGAGCGGCUCCGCAGCUCGGCCUCGGAGAGCAGGAUGACCCGCCGCAUCAUCCUGUCCAACAUGAGGAUGCAGUACUCGUUUGACGAGCGUCAGCCUCAAGCUCAGGGCUCGUCAGGUCAGCAAGGCUCAGAGGAGGCAGGAGACAUGGACGACUCCUUCUCCAAGCAGGUGAAGUCCCUGGCCGACUCCAUGGACGACUCCCUCACUUGUCAGUCAGGCCGCGAAGACUCCCAGGAGGCGGGGGGAGAGGGAGAGGAGGAUGAGGAGGAGGACGAGGAGGAGGGCGAUGAAGACGAGGAUGAAGACUACCGGGAGUGCUCAUGGAGCAACAGCAACGUCUCCUCGCGGCGUGACGGCGGCAGGGCGAGAGGAGGAGCGGGGGGAGCGGGGCCGGGGCGAGGAGGGGCGGGAGGAGGCGCGGCCAUGCACGAGGACAGCACGGCCACCUCCUUCAGCGACGUCACGCUCUACAUGGACGACGGCUGCCUGCCCUCCUCCCCGCUGUCCCGCCCGCCCUCCUCCCCGCUGUCCCGCCCCGCCUCCAGCUCCGACACAGAGUACUGGGGCGGAGGAGGUGGGGCGGGGGGAGGCGCGGGGGUGCGGGAGGACAGCAGGGAGACGGAGGGAGGCGGGAGCAGCACCAGCCGGAGGAGCAGCACCCCCUGCACCGAGUGCCGGGGCGAGUACAGGAGGGUGGGAGGGGGAGGAGGAGGAGGAGGGCAUCUCCCCGUCCUGACCAUAGAGCCGCCCAGCGACAGCUCCGUGGACAUGAGUGACAGGUCAGAGCGAGGCUCUAUCGGACGCCUGGUGUACGAACAGGAGCCAUCAGGAGUCGAUCGAGGAGGAGGAGACAGGGACAGGCGAGGGGGAGGAGUGGGAGGAGAGAGCGGCAGCGAAGCCGACUCGCCGCAGGGCACGAUCAAGCACAAACCCAAUGGCCGCUCGGUCGCCACGGCGCAGGGCCAGACGCGCAGCACCACCUCCUCCGUCCCCAUGGCGAUGCCGCUGGCCCGAUCCCUGCCGUCCCACCCGCUACCUCACCCGGUCCCCCACCCGUCGCCGAUCCCCCAUUUCCCUACCGUCCUGCACCACCACCACCAGUACGGCCAGCCGCUCACCAUGCAUGCGCACCACGGGCACGGGCACAUCAGCAGCCCAUACAGCCAGCACACGCACGCGCACCCUUUCACCCAACACCACUACCACCACCUGCACCACCACCACCAUCCCCAUGUUUACCCAGAAGUCCCCUCUUCCCCACUGCCAUCCCCUCUCCCACCGCUUUCACCCGUGCCGCCGCCACCGCUCACGCCCUCGCCGCUGUCGUCGUCCUCAUCCUCGGUGCUGCCCGGCAUGGAGGCGGGGCAGCAGCAGCACCACGCCCACCACACCCACCUCCUCCACCACCACCUCCUCUGCUCAGACGGAGACAACGAGAGCGUCAACUCGACAACGACCAACUCCAACGACGACACCACCGUCAACAACUGCAGCUCCGGCUCGUCGUCGCGUGACAGCCUGCGGGAACCAAUCGGAGGCGCCGGCCUGGGCAAGCAGACCUAUCAGAGGGAGAGCCGGCACAGCUGGGACUCGCCCGCCUUUAACAACGACGUGGUGCAGAGGAGGCAGUACCGCAUUGGACUCAACCUUUUCAACAAGAAGCCAGAGAAGGGGAUCCAGUACCUGAUAGAGAGAGGGUUUGUGUCGGACACGCCGGUGGGAAUCGCCAGGUUCAUCCUGGAGAGGAAGGGACUGAGCAGGCAGAUGAUCGGAGAGUUCCUGGGAAACCGGCAACAAUUCAACAAGGACGUACUGGAUUGUGUCCUGGAUGAGAUGGACUUCUCAGGGAUGGACCUGGACGAUGCCCUGAGGAAGUUCCAGGCUCAGAUUAAAGUGCAGGGUGAGGCGCAGCGGGUGGAGAGGCUGGUGGAGGCCUUCAGUCAGCGGUACUGUGUCUGUAACCCAGUGCUGAUCCGGCAGUUCCAGAACCCGGACACCAUCUUCAUCCUGGCUUUCGCCAUCAUCCUCCUCAACACGGACAUGUACAGCCCCAACGUGAAGCCGGAGAGGAAGAUGAAGCUCGAGGACUUCAUCAAGAACCUGCGGGGUGUUGACAACGGUCAGGACAUCCCCAGGGAUCUGCUGGUGGGGAUCUACGGAAGGAUCCAGAAAUGGGAGCUGAGGACCAACGAUGACCACGUUUCACAGGUCCAGGCGGUGGAGAGGAUGGUGGUCGGCAAGAAACCUGUGCUGUCGCUGCCUCACCGCAGGCUGGUGUGUUGCUGUCAGCUGUUCGAGGUUCCAGAUCCAAACCGAGCUCAGAGGAGCGGAGUCCACCAGAGGGAAGUCUUCCUGUUCAACGACCUGCUGAUGGUGACGAAGAUCUUCCAGAAGAAGAAGACCUCGGUGACGUACAGUUUCAGACAGUCGUUUCCUCUGGUGGAGAUGCAGGUCCACACUUUCCAGAACUCCUAUUACCCUCACGGUAUCCGACUGACAGCUGCGAACCCCGGCGGAGAGAGGAAGGUGCUGAUCGUGUUCACGGCGCCGAGCCAGCAGGACCGAGCUCGCUUCACCUCCGACCUGAGAGAGAGCAUCGCCGAGGUGCAGGACAUGGAGAAGUACAGGGUGGAGUCGGAGCUGGAGAAGCAGAAGGGCGUGAUGCGCCCCGGCCUGCUGACCGGGGGCGGCGGGGCGGUCGGGAGCGGCGCCAACACCGGCACCGGCUCCAGCAGCGGCGUGAAGAGCGAGGCGGUGAACGGCACCCUGGGAAGGCCCAGCCUGGACGACACGUACGCCUCGGUGGACGGACUCAAACGCACGGCGCUCAGCUCGUCCCUGCGAGACCUCUCGGACACAGGGAAGCGAGGUCGUAGGAACAGUGUGGGGUCAUUGGACAGUACCAUCGAAGGUUCCAUUAUUAGCAGCCCUCGGCCUCACCAGCAGCGCCCCCUGCCUGCUGGAGGUCUUCCCUAUGGCGCCAUGAUGGAGCCAGCAUCUCCAGCAGCUUACCGGCCGCACCGCCCUACUCAGAGCCCCGGUACAGGGGUGGGGGGUGGGCCGGGGCUCUGUCACAACCAGGGGGGGGUGUCCACCUCCCCCCUCGCCAGCGGGGGAGGGGCUGGGGGAGGAGGAGGGAUGGCGGGUGGAGGCGUGGCGACGGGUGGCGGCUUCCUGGGGAAUUUCUUUGGCAGUCGCAGAGGCAAGGUUCCUGGUCCCCUGAUGAUGAUGCCGGCCUCGCCGCAGGGCCCCCCGAGUCCCCUGAUGAUCGCUUCACCCCCCCACUACCCAGCUCCCGCGCCGCCCAUCCCGCCCCCCUCGUCGCCCUCCCCCUGUCCCUCUCCGCUGCCCAACAUCGGCCAGCCGGACUCGGCUGGACCGGGAGGGGGAGGAGGAUCUGGCGUGGCUCCGUCCAAGCUGCAAGCGCUGCACGCCCAGUAUUGCCACGGCAACAGUGGAGGAGGAGGAGUCAGUGUUACUGGCCAGCAACAUCCACAGCAGCCGCAGCAGCAAACUCCGCCCCCUCCCUACCACCACCACCACCGCUACCACGUGCAGAGCGUCGCGCCGCACCAGAGCCUCGCCCACAGGUUCUCUGGGCCCCGGCGGCAGGUCCCGCCCGGCUGCGCUCCCUCUCUUACCCAGCAACAUCAGAGGGUGCAGCAUGGCGGCAGCCCGCACCCGCGCUACAGCGUGGGCUCGGGCUUUACCACACCCCCGCCGCUCUCCCCGCACUCCCCCGUGCCCCCCACUACCCCACACGGACUCUACCACACGCACAACACGAUGGGCCGGGUGUCAGGGGGCGGGGCCAAGCUGCCGCUGACCAUCUCGCACUCGCAGCCCCACCCGCUCGCUCACACACACUCUCACAACCACGCCGUGCACACACACUCCCCGCUCAGCCCCUCCCCCUCCGCUUCCCCCUCCACCCACUUCAUCUUCUCCACCCCGCCGCCGCAAACGCCGUCGGCGCGCCUCGUUACGCAGACGCCGCCGCAGCCCUACAUACCCCAGUAUCCGCCACUGUCCUCCAUCCCUCCGCCUCCGCCGCACUCCCCUCUGCCGCCCCCUUCCUCCUCCGCCGCCCCGCUCUCCCCGCACCCAGGCCCGGGGGGAGGGGUCUCGGGACAGGGAGGCGGCCCCAAAUCGAAGCCCGUCAGUCGCAUCAGCACGGUGGUGUGAGGAGACAGAGGCCAAGGGCGGCGAUGCGCUACCCAGCAGCGGGCCACCGGGGGGCGAUGGUGAGAGGCAGCAGGAGGGGGAGGAGGAGAGGAGGGAGGCAGGUGCAGGUGUAUCAAAAUGGCCAUCUGGUGAGGAGGAGAGGCGCGAGGGUGGGAAAGAGGAACCUCCUCAGUCUGUGCUACUUUCACAUCCACUUCCCCCGCCGGUAGACGGACCCGCACGCAAACUGAACCAGUUCCAGUUUGUAGGGAAACCCGACGCGGGAAUAUUUUCCUGGAAAAAGCUGCCUGGCGAGCAGCUUCCCACACCGAGAACACAAACGACAAGUGUUUUCCGUUUCGCAACGCCGAAGAAAAACCGCUCCCUCUGUUCCCUCACGGUCACACCACCUUGGUGACGAUGUCCUCACCGUCCUUUCGGCAGGCGGACUGGCAGUUCAUGUUGGUACCGGCUGAGCAGAGGCCAGGUGAAGCACUGAUUGCGUUUUAAAAGAGCAUUGUGAGUCCGAAAUUUGCAUUGUGAGUCGUCAUCACGGACAUCAGGGACCAGACAAGAGUGGAAUAGUGCCUGAGACUUCAACGAGAGGGUUAGCUCUCCAUGCUAACGCCGUACGCUAAAGAACGCUAUCUACAAUGUUCGUGAAGGGACGUUCCGAGUCCUUUUUAGUACAUCCAAAAAUCACAUUAGUCUUGCACCAAUUUGUUUAUCGCACAAAAGAGCCCUUGUAACGUUGUUUUUGGUUGCUGACAUGUUAUAGUGUAAGCCACAAGGUGUUACUGAGACAUCGGGAGCAGAGGUUGUUAGGAUCGAUAUGGUGCCGUUUCUGUGUCUUAGACAGGCGUGCAUGACCAGUGCAAUAGAUAAUGACUGUCAUUGUGUCUGUGGUUGAAAUCGUACAUGCAGAGGGGGAGUUUGUUCAGAUUUAAAGCCCCAGUGCAGGAAUUAUUUGGCAGUAACGAGUUUAGAUAUUUUUGUGAAAAUGACUCAAGAGUUUGGAUCGUAAAAGUAUUUUGUGAGCUUUAAUCACCCAACAUAAAUGAAAAUACAAUCGUUAUCUGAGAUAAUACAAAUUAUCUCAGUUUUUUUUUUUUUUUUUUUUUUUCACAAACUUUACAAACUUGACCACCUUCUGACUGACAGUGUUUCAGCAGGGGGCGCCAUACUGCAGUCAUGGAUUUGGACUUGGAAAAGGGGGUGGCUGGUUGUUGCGACGAAGCUCGACAUCAUGUUUCCUUAAAAUCUAUCCGUAUGAAGGGGGUUUGUACGAUAAUUUGUACAAAAACAGUGGACAUCACCUCGCAAGUUUCCCAAGAUACAGUAGAAAUAAAAUAUGAGCCUGUAUUUGUCAGCAAUGAUAAUAUAGUUUCAUUGUUCUUUUAUUUUAUAUAUGAAACACGUGGCUGUGAGCUUGCGAGCCUCAACGUUGCCAGAGAAGGAGAUUACACUGAAGGGUGCCAAACAGGGUGCAGUCUGGGAAAUGCAGUCUUUUGUGUCAUUUGCUUGUCUGCCUUAAAUGGAGACACGCAAUGUCACAUAAUAUCACUCUCCAAAAGUUAGAUUAUUGGAAGUGUUGACUGAAUCGAAAUAACAUUUAAAAUUGAAACAGUUAUACUCAGGUCAGAAAAAUCACUUUUGUGCAAUGUCCAUUCAAACGAAGAAUCAAGAAAAAAGUUGACAUUAGUUGACAUUUGGCUGAUGCCCAUUGGUGAUAACUGGUGUUUAGUUUCCCUCCCUGUUUGUACUUGUUUUUCUCCAUAUUAAUAUGAAAUCUUCCACCUGUUACCAGCUACCUUGAAGGCAGAUGGGAGAAUAAUCAGGUGUAGGACAGACAAAUACCGAAUGUGGUGUCAUGAAAUGAGUAAGGUGCCUUCAGACAAAAGUAUGGCAAAACAGAAAGUGAUGAAUAGAACUGUGCAAUGAAUCUGAGAAGACCACCUGUGAUAUUGAUUGAUAAGCUCCGUUCGCACCAAUAAACGGACACAGAGCUAAAAUUAUGUCCAGCCUUCUGCUUCCCUUGCCGUUCGAUGAGACACAGAGGAAUCUGAAAACUGGACUUGUACACAUUCAACUUGCUAAGAUCUCUAGAGGACUGGAGUGCAGAAUAUGCUUUGUUGUCACAGAGCAAGGGACAUACUCUUUUACAAAUUCAUUUUUUUAUGUGUUUCUUUCUUUUGCACAUUCAGUUAAGCCUACCAUUCCAGUAUUUAAUCGUGUUUCUUUUGAUUUGAUUGAGAUGUCAGGGCGAGUUGCCCACAGUGGCCGGUACAAAGUUCACCAGCCACUUUAACAGUUUCACCAGCCAGUCGCUUUUUUAGAUUAGUAAUAAACCACCAGUGACGGCUGGGUACCUGUCAAAGUGGCUGUUUUGCAGCCACAGAUAAAUAUUUACCAGUGUUAAACUGGUGGAUGAUGGAAAAUUCCUACCCUGCUGGAUGCUCUGAAUGCAAAAUCCAAUUACAUGUAUUGUUUCCCUGUGAUUACGUGAAUGCGCCAACUGUAGAUAUUACCUGUACAGUAUAUUUUAUUUUUGAUGGGGCCAACAGCACCGAUCUGUACUGAGGUCAGAAUUUGCUUGGAUUAACAAUGCAUACGCUCUAAAAACUAGGGGCUCAUCAGAGCAUCUUGAGCACCUUAGGGUCCUUCACUAGAAAAAAACAACCCUAAAAAGUUCCUUGAAGAAUCUCUGUACGUUAAAGGUUUGUGGAAGUACCGCCAAGGCCCAUACACUUUUAACUAUGGAGUUCCACAAAGAACUGUCUUGGGUUCCUCUCUGUUUUCAGUCUGAAGAAGCCCUUUUACUUUUUAGAGUGAGCUACUGAUAUUACUAUCGAUAUUGUUGUGUGACAGCUUCUACUAACAUAACGUACUCUUUGGGCUGUUUUGUAUUGUUUUUUGCAUUUUUUAAUUUUGUUAUGUGCUCGAGUGUGAGAUAAAUUUGAUCUUAAUUUUUGGGAUUUUGGGUGUGCAAUGGAAAUACUAAAGAUCACUUAAUUUUUUUACGUGUUUACAACUCAAACAAGACUUUUCUGUGACUAACAAACUUGUUCUAAUAUUUUUUAAUACUGACUCUUGAUAAAUACGCUCACCCACGCAUGCGAGCGCGCACACAGUCUCAAUCACAAACUUAGUAAAGUGGUUUCAUUGGUACCAGAUGUGUGGUUUUUCAGUCAGAGGGGACUGAAGUUCUUCAGUGCCUCUAGACCCCACCUACCCCUACCCCACACACACACACACACGCACACACACACACACGCACACACAAAUGCACAUAAACACUCAGUCACUCAGUCAGCUAAUAUUGUCCAUUUCAGCACUUCCUCUGAUGCACAUCAAAAAUCUAAACUCUAACAUAAAGCUACAGCUACAAGCUUCUUAUUAAUAUUUUCAUUGAUGGAUGUAACUCCUACUGUACCUUUUAUCAAUACCACCCCCCCACCCCCCAACACACACACACACACACACACACACACACACUGCCAUCAUGCAUAACGAAGAGGUACCAUACUUAGUGUAGUUACUGUUUCGUCUCUUCAAAGGGAAGCUGCACUCGCCCCUGCCUCUCUGUACCUCUGCCUCUGAUCUGGACUGAAACAUCAACCAAACUCAUUUUAACAACAUUUAACAAAAUUCACCAGGAACAUUUGAUUAAUAAACCUACCUCGCGAGGGACGACUCAACAUUCAACUCCUUUCCACUGCCUGGCAAGUUAAACCAAGCACACCUUUCAGUAAGCUCCCAUUUAAAAGCCGCAUUUCAAUAUGUUUUCUCUGCCCAGGUCUGCUCUUCUCCACUAUUGGUUUGCAUGUGGUAUUAUUACAGUAUCUGCACUGAAUGAAACUUGUAUUAUAAACAUGAAUGUACAUAACUAUCGUUAUAUAUGAAAAAUACCAAUAUCGCUCUGGAAUGGACAGUUUGUCUCCAGCUGGUUUACACUAGGAACGAACAUCAGAUUUUUAACCCCACAGGAAGCAGAUCUGGUCUGUCUGCUGCAGGCAAAACAGGGAAAAUAAAAAUAAACAGAUAAAUAAAUAAAACAGGACAAAAAAAAAAGCACAUCAGAUCUGGUUCAUAUAAAGUUAAAAAUGUGGUUUUAUUUUUCUGUUCCUAUGUAAAAACAGUCUAUGUUGUGUGUAUCUUUACAUAGGCAUGGACUGGGGGUCUACGUUGUGUGGGACUACACAAUGGACUGCUUUAUGGAAAUAACUUCUUGUUUAUAAUGUAGAGCAAAGAGAGACUGGAAUAGUCCUUGUAAAAUUGUACCAGUACAGUGUCAAUACGUGUCAACAGAGACGACAUUAUUUUAAAAAUUAUGUAUGGAAAAUUUUAGCCGUGUAUAUAAAUAUAUAUUACUUGUACUUUGUUUUUGAAAUUGCAAAGAUCUGAAAAGUGGAAAUAUUUAUUGCUCUAAAGAUAUAAAAAUCUGUUCAUGUUGUU